GAGAAACAUUUUACGCGUCAAGAUAAUGGGCUUUAGUCUGCGUAUUCAGCUUUAUUUAUACAUUUAAUCAUUAAAUCUCAUAUUUUCAAAUACUGUAUAAAAUGUGGACAGUUCCGAAGCCAAAUUACAGAAGUGGUUUGUGCGCCGAUGAAGAGAUCGCUGUGAACAUUGGGGGAGUCAGGGUGGUGCUUUUCGGGGAUGUUUUGAAGCGCUACCCGGAGAGCAGACUGGCGGAGCUGGUGGACUGCUCAACGCAGAAUUCUGAUGUCAUUUACUCUCUGUGUGACGAUUUCGAUCCAAGCAGAAAAGAGUUUUACUUUGACCGAGAUCCUGACGCCUUCAAAUGCAUCAUCGACGUUUACUACUUUGGUGAAAUCCACAUAAAACGCGGCAUCUGCCCCAUCUGUUUCAUUAAGGAGAUGGAGUUCUGGAAGAUAGACCAAAGUGUUUUAGAUGAAUGUUGCAAAAGUUACUUGGGUGAGAAGGAAGAAGAGUUGAAAGAAAUUGCGAACAAAGUGAAAGUAAUUUUGGAAGACAUGGAUGUGGAUCAGUGCGUCACGCGUACCCAGCGGUGCCAGAGGUUUUUGUGGAAGCUGAUGGAGAAGCCAGAUUCCUCCCUGCCAGCGCGCAUAAUCGCCAUCGCAUCCUUCCUCUCCAUCCUGGUCUCAGCAGUGGUGAUGUGCAUAGGAACCAUCCCAGAACUCCAAGUGCUGGACGAUGAUGGAAAACUGGUGGAGCAUCCGACCUUGGAGGCGAUCGAGACCGCGUGCAUGUUAUGGUUCACCGCGGAGUUUGUGUUGCGUCUCGCUUCGUCCCCGAACAAGCUGCGCUUUGUGCUCUCCUUCAUGAACAUCAUUGACUUCAUGGCAAUCAUGCCUUUUUACGUGGUCCUCUCCCUCACCUACCUGGGCACAUCUUCGAUGAUGGAGCUGAUGAACGCCCAACAAGCUGUCCAGGCGCUGCGUAUCAUGCGCAUCGCGCGUAUUUUCAAGCUGGCGCGCCACUCCUCCGGACUGCAGACUCUGACCUACGCGCUGAAGAGGAGCCUCAAAGAGCUGGGGCUACUCCUCAUGUACAUGGGCGUGGGGAUCUUCGUGUUUUCCGCGCUAGCCUACACUAUGGAGCAGAGCCACCCUGAGACGCUGUUCAGAAGCAUCCCUCAGUCUUUCUGGUGGGCCAUCAUCACCAUGACCACUGUGGGCUACGGAGACAUCUACCCCAAAACCACUCUGGGGAAGUGUAACGCAGCCGUGAGCUUUCUCUGCGGGGUGAUAGCCAUCGCUUUACCCAUACACCCCAUCAUUAACAACUUUGUUGUCUUUUACAACAAGCAGAAAGUCCUGGAGACCGCAGCAAAGCACGAAGUAGAGCUGAUGGAGCUGAAAUCUGGCAGGCAAGUGCGCAAAAAAAGCAAUGAAAAAGAGGAAGCAGCAACUUUUUGAGCAAGUUUAGAAACAUGCUAUCUGAAUGAAAAACAACAAUGUUGUAGUGUAGGAAUUAGAUAAUUCCACAAGACUUUUAAGGACCUGCAGAUGCAUUUGGAUGCCUGUACAUACUGCUGUAACACAGUUAUAGCUGUUGCCUUACCCUGUUGUGGCUCUCACUGGGCAACGUGUUGCUUCUGUAAGUGUGAAGGUUACAGAAUAAAAACUUGUGCAUGAGAA